ACUCCUCGGGCCGGGAUGGCGGCGGAGGACGAGGUGGAGCUCAGCCUGCUGGAGUGCCGGGUGUGCUUCGAGCCGUACGGCCCCGACGGGCAGCGGCGGCCGCGCAACCUGCCCUGCGGGCACGUCCUGUGCGGGGGCUGCGUGGGGGCCCUGAGCCGGCGCCUGGAGUGUCCCUUCUGCCGGCGGCCCUGCGGCCCCGCCGAGACCAGCGACUGCCGCCCGCUGCUGCAGCUGCUGGAGCUUCUGGGCCCCGCCGGCCGCCUCGCCCGGGCCCUGGGCGGGAGCAGCGGCCCAGGGGCGGCCGCGCCGGCCCCCGCGGGGCUCGGGCUGCGGCUGUGCCUGGGCGGCUGGGGCUCGCUGGUGAACCCCACCGGGGUGGCGGCCUGCCGCGGCACGGGGCGCCUGGCCGUGGCACACGACGGCAAGAAGAGGAUCCACGUCUUCGGGCCCAGCGGGUUCUGCCUGCAGCGGUUCGGGGAGAGGGGGGACGCGGGGAACGACGUGAAGUACCCGCUCGAUGUGACGGUCACGUCGGACGGGCACGUGGUGGUCACCGACGGCGGGGACCGCUCCGUGAAGGCCUUCGAUUUUGAGGGAAGGGGGGUCCUGGCGGUCCGGGAAGGCUUCCGUUUGCCCUGGGGCUUGGAUGCCACCCCCAAGAGCGAAGUAAUCCUGACCGACUCGGAGGCAGGCGCUCUCUACCGCCUGACGGCCGACUUUGGAAGGGGGGAAUUGAAGAAGUGUCAGAUGAUCCGGGCUCAGCUCGUCAGCCCCAGAGCGGUCGCGGUCUGCCAGACCUCGGGGGCUGUCGCGGUAAUAGAGCACCUGAAAGCUCAAGGACUGGACAAGGGCAGCACCCGAGUGAAGAUAUUCAGUGCGGAGAUGGAUCUCAUCGGCCAGCUGGAUAGCUUCGGUCUGAACCUCGUUUUCCCCUCCAAAAUGUAUGCUACGGCUGUGGCCUUUGACAAAGAAGGUCGUGUUAUAGUAACGGAUGUCUGUAGCCAGGCCGUAAUAUGCUUAGGGAAACCAGGGGAGUUUCCCAUGUUUAACCCUCUAAUUAGCUUUGGGCUUUCUUAUCCUGUCGGACUGACUUACACGGCAAAUGAUUCCCUCGUCAUUUUAGACAGUGGUGAUCAUUCAAUAAAAAUAUAUAGCUCUACCUGAAUGGUUUAGAGGUUUACUGCUACAGGUUCAAGCUGCUUUUGGCCAUAACGCAUGGAAAGUUCUGGUGCUUGUAGGCACAUAGAGAGGAGGUGGUUUCUGGGCUUUAUGGUGAAAUUACCCCCUGACCAACAUGCCGUGCUUCCUGCAAAACUUGUGUUGGAUCUCUUGCCUACCUGUGGGAGAAGACCUAGCUGCUGCUGGCUGUAGUCAAACAAUGAAUCAACCAAACAAAUAAUUUGGCAUUUUAAAACUAGUCCAAAUCUUGAAAACCAAACGUUUUUCAUCCUUUUUGACGAGUAAUCAAAGACCAGCACCUGUGAAAGUGAUGCAUCAUUUAUUUACAUUUCCCAGCACAUAGUUUUCAUUGUUCUUAAUUAAGCAUAGAUACACUCAUGGGGUUGACAGAUAUUCUGUUUCCAGGAAUUCCAGCUUUCUUGUUUCCACAAGAAAGGAGUUUGGCUUGACAAAAUGAUAGGAGAAUUGGAAGCUUGUGUUCCAGGUUGCCUAAAUCCAGCUAAGAACAUUGUGAUGGAGGAGCUACCACUGAUGACAAGGAACUUUUCAGCUUGAUGAAGAUGCAACUGCACCUGCCUUGGGGACAUUCGCUGUAAUUGGACACCCUCAAGCGUCCAGGGUGGGUGUGGAGGCAGAGGUAGGGUCCUAGCAGCAGUCAGGACCCCAGCCACGUAAAGCAAAUCAGAAAAACACUGCUUUGGUUCCCAUGUUCUCACUGCUGCCAGCUCCUUCUCCUCUCUGGCUCCUGUGACACAAGAUGAAGUUAGACGUGCCAGUGACAGCAUGCAUGGGGGUCAGUGGAACACCAUCAGGGCUUCAGG